GAACCAUCGGCCAAACUAACAAUAUCAACCCCGAAGUGGCGUUAAUUAGGAUAGUUGGACUUUCAAUAUUCGGAGACAAGGUCAACCCUCCCUGAUAAGUCGGCAUGGUAAUUGGCCGUGGCUAUACCUAUGUUCAUGCAAGCCACGGAACAAUAUCACAUUGUACGAAGCGUGGUGGCUAUGGCUAUAGGAGCCGAAACCAUGACCCGUAGGUCCGAGAGUGCAACCGAUUUCGGCGUUCAAACCCCAAUCCAUUCGAAGUAUAUUCCAGACCCAGAAGAACUUAGGGCAAUAUUAAGAGACCAGUUUGGAACGGGCAAGUUUGAAGUUGAAAUGCGCCAUGAUACAUAUACUAAUUCAAAUCAGAAGCAGAGCUAAACAACGCUACAAUUGAGAAGAUCCGUAAAUUAUCCAAUAUAACGAAAUAGCUGACAAUCGAGUUCCCACUUGCCGUAUGAUUUAACUACC